AUGAAUGCUGCUAUUGCAGCGGUCAAAAAAAGUAAAGAAGAUUAUGUACGAGAAUUAAACCCAAACCGUUUCGCUAUCAGAGAUUCUAUAUUUAAAACAUCAUUUUCUGGGCUUUCUAAAAGUCUUUCAAGCAAAAAGGAUAUCGUGGACAUCAAUUCAGAACAAAGUAUAUUUAAGGUUGGACGUACAACCGGAUUGACCAAAGGGAAUAAUAAAGAAGUACCGAUAAAUAUUAAUACGAUCAAAGAAAGGGCUUUGAUGGAUAAUGGUGAUUCAGGUUGUGUGUGGUUUAAUAGUGAUGGAUCAGUGAUAGCUUUAGGUCAUGGAACAUUAUGUGUAGGUGAAGAAUAUUCUGUAGGAUCACCAAUAAGUGUAGUUUUAAACGCUCUCUCUUCCCCCGAAACUCCUAAUCUUGAACUUUACUUGAAACAGGAUUAG